GAGAUUUGUCCUAAAGGCAAGAGACAUUGCGCAUAUCUUUCUGUCUUAAUAAACAAUACUUGCCCUAGUUUUGAUUCAUUGAGUUGUGAAGAAAGAAGAAGGAUGAGUUCAUGGGGAGGUGGACACGUGGCAGGAUGGGGAGUGGUGGAAGAAGGCUGGAGGAAAGGGCCAUGGACCAGUGAAGAAGACAGACUUCUCAUGGAGUAUGUUAGGCUCCACGGUGAAGGCCGUUGGAACUCUGUUGCUAGGCUUUCAGGACUGAAGAGGAAUGGAAAAAGUUGCAGACUGAGAUGGGUGAAUUAUCUGAGGCCAGACCUUAAGAGAGGGCAGAUCACUCCUCAUGAAGAGAGCAUAAUCCUUGAGCUACAUGCCAAAUGGGGAAACAGAUGGUCGACCAUAGCACGAAGCUUGCCUGGAAGAACGGAUAACGAGAUCAAGAACUACUGGCGAACCCAUUUCAAGAAGAAGGCCAAAUCUCCUGCCAGCAAUGUCGAAAAGACGAAAAACCGCCUCUUGAAGAGGCAACAAUUUCAACAGCAAAGGCAGAUGGAGAUGAUGCAACAACAACAACAGCUCUUUCGGUUUAACCAACUACACAUGAAAAAGAUCAUUUCUUUACUCGAAGACGACAACAACAACAACAACAUGGACAGUAGCAACAGCAAUAGCAGCAGCAGCAGCAGCGACAGCAAUUACGCGGUCUAUGUUCCUCAGAUGGCACCGCAAACAACAGCAACAGGAACAACAUCUGCUUAUGCUCCAAAUGCAACAGAGGAGCAAUUGCAAGUGCAUCACUAUCAAACCAACAACGGCUACUGGCCUGCGGUUCAUCAGAUGACAGUCCCUGAAGCUGCUAUGUACGAAGAUAACGCGUUAUGGGACGGACUAUGGAACUUUGAUGCCGAAGGAAAUGGUAAUUUUGGCGUCUCUCCGGCCAUGGCUACGGUUACUUGUGGCGCAAGAAAGGCAUGUUUCCAUAACCUAGUCACACCCUUUUGUUAACUUGAUCAAUAAGUAACUAAAGACCAAAUUUUGAGGGGUUUUUUUUUCAGUUUUUUUUUGUAAGAACUAGUUAAGGUGUCAUAAAUAGCUUGUUAUGAAACUAUUAUGGAGUCUUUGGAGUUUUUUUUUUCUUACCCUUUUUUUUUUAUUUUGGAGGAUUCAAUAUGGAUUCUUCAAGAGUUUUUUAAGUAAAAGUUGUGAAAUCUUUGCUGUCCUAUGUAUAAUACA